ACUCCCAGUGCAUUCGGCCGGCGCGCGUGCGGCUCCCCCCCACACCCGCCCGCCCGCCCGCCAUGGCCGACGUCGACAUGGCUGAGCUCCCGCAGACCCCACGGUCCACCGCCGGCGACGAUGACCUCUCGUUGCUGGACGGGGAGGCCGAUCUCGCCGCGGCCAUCCUGGAGCGCCUCGGCGGCUCGCCGCGGGAGGACUUCCAGCACCUCUGCGCCACCGCCGCCGCCAUGGAGCAGGCCGUCAGGGACCGGGGCGUCGAACCGACGCCCGUCGCGUACUUCGCCGCUGCCGCCGCGGCGCUCGCACCGCUGGCGCGCGCGGGGGCCGGGGGCGCCGACCGCCACGUCGCCGGCGCGCUCCUCGCGUUCCUCUCCGUAGCGCUGCCGGCCCUACCCACCGCCGUGGUGCGCGCCCGUGGGCGUGAGGUCGCCGACGACGUGGUGCGCGUGCUCGACUUCCCUUCGACGCCCGAUUCAGGCGCGAGGGCGGGGUUGAGGUGCCUGGCGCAUUUGAUAUCUGCGGGGGACAGGGCGAACUGGGAGGCAGUAGAGCCUCUCUAUACCGUCAUUCUAAGGCUCGCCACUGAUCAACGGCCGAAGGUGAGAAAGCAAGCUCAUUCAUGCUUGAGAGAUGUUCUCCAAAGUUUUCAAAGACAAGCAGUUUUGGUUCCAGCAAGUGAAGGAAUAACAAGGUGCUUUGAACGGUUUCUGCUUCUUGCUGGAGGCUCAAGUGCAGUGAAUACAGGUGUAGCAGAAGAAGGGCCUAAGGGGGCUAAGGAGGUCCUGUAUAUGUUGAAUGGACUGAAAUGCUGUCUUCCCCUUAUGGCAUCGAAGCCUUCCAAUACCAUCUUAAAAUAUUUUAAAGCAUUGUUAGAUCUGCAGCAACCAAUCUUGACAAGGAGUAUAUUGGAGAUUCUGAAUGCCGUUGGUGAGAGUCCAGCUCUACAGCUCAAAUCUGAUGUGUUAUUGGACGUUAUGUGCUCUUUAGGGCUGUCAGUGUCUUCAGGAAGGAAAUCAGGAGAUGAAAUGGCUUCAAUUGCGCGGCUUUUACUUGUUGGUACUAAGAAAAUUUACAAUCAAAAUAAGAACAUAUGCGUUGUAAAGCUUCCAUUGAUAUUUACUUCACUUGGAGAUAUAUUAUCAAGUGAAUUCGAAGAGGCAAGGUUUUCAUCUGUGGAGGCUUUUAGAGGUUUAAUAGAUAAUUGCAUCGAUGAAACCAUGGUGUCUCAGGGCAUUGCUCAGAUCAAGGCUAGACGUCAAGGGUUAAAGUCGGAUCCCACAGUCAUAGAGAAGAUAUGUGCUAUCCUAGAAGGCUUGCUAGAUGUCCACUAUAGUGAUGUUUGGGACAAAUCAUUUCAUUUAAUCUCAGUGACAUUUGACAAGUUAGGAGAGUUUUCAGCUGACCUAUUGCCUGAAGCACUCAAGAACCUGGCAGAUAUGCAAAACAUGUCAGAUGAUGACUUCUCUUUUCGGAAGCAGCUCAAUGCAUGUAUUGGUUCAGCAGUUGCUGCAAUGGGGCCAAAGAAUGUUCUUGAAAUUCUUCAGAUUCGGUCAUUAUGUGAUGAAAAUGAAUGGAUUCUCCCUAUUCUAGAGAAGCAUAUUGUUGGUGCCAGUUUACAUUUUUUCUUAAAAGAUGUUCUGGGUUUUGUUAAAGCCAUAGAGAAAAGCAUUACUAAGCUCUUGAAGGAUGACAAGCUUUUCUCCGCCAAGAGAGCUGAAGGUUACGUAUAUUCUCUGUGGUCUUUGUUGCCAUCUUGUUGCAACUAUCCAUGUGAUACUUCAAGUAACUUUAGAGUUCUACAAAGUGUUUUAUGCGAUACUCUCGAAAACCAGCCUGAAUUGCGUGGGAUUGUUUGCUCCAGUAUUCAGGUUUUGAUUAAACAAAACAAAGAAGCUUUGUCAGUUUCUAGAGAAGAAGAUAUUCUUUCUGAGGAUGAACUAAGCAAAUCUGAAAUAAGAGCAAAGGAACGUUACACUAAGAAUUUGGCAGAGGAAAACUUGAAAGCGAUAUGUGCUUUUUCAUCAAAUCUUUUGGAUGUACUUUGUUCUAUAUUCUUGACGUCUUCAAAGGAUGCUAUUGGAUUAUUGCAGCCUGCGAUAAGUGAGAUAGCAUCCAUAUCAGACAAAGAUGUUGUUGGCAAGUUCUUCCUUGAUUCAAUAAGAAAGUUGUUGGAUGCCACAAAAGCUGUUAAUGCAGAGCCAGUGGAUGAUAGUUCGAUGCAAAUUGAAACCAACUCCAACACAAAUAGCAUGACAAGGGCACUACUGUUGGAUUUUGCAGCUUCAUUGAUGCCUGGUUUGGCUGCCAAGUCUAUCAAUGUACUAUUCAGUUAUGUGAAACCUGCAAUUAAGGACAGUGAUGCUUUGAUUCAAAAGAGAGCAUACAAGGUCCUUUCAAUGCUACUUAAGGAUGCUGAAUUUGUUGAAAAGAAUUUGGAUGUCCUGUUAGAAUUGUUGAUUUCAUCGAUGCCUUGUCAAUUUCCCUCGAAACGCUACAGGCUUGAAUGUCUCUAUCACCUUAUUGUUCACAUUUUGAAGGAUUCAUCUAUGGUUAGAAAGAGGGACAUUAUUAGUUCUUUCAUCACCGAAAUACUUCUCGCAUUGAAAGAGGCAAAUAAGAAAACCAGAAACAGAGCUUAUGACUUGCUUAUUGAAAUUGCUCGUGCAUGUGAAGAUGCUGAAAAUGACGAGGGGAAGGACAGCUUACACCAGUUUUUUGGCAUGGUUGCUGGCGGUCUGGUGUCUGGUCAAACUCCAUAUGCCAUUAGUGCUGUCGUUACUGGAUUAGCUCGGCUAACUUAUGAGUUCUCAGAGCUUAUUGGAAUCGCGUACAAGCUCCUCCCUCAGACUUUCUUGCUUAUGCAGAGGAACAACCGGGAAAUUGUCAAAGCAAACUUAGGUUUUGUCAAAGCUCUAGUGGCUAAAUCUAAAGCUGACAUGUUGCAUGAGCACUUGAAGGGAGUUGUCGAGGGUUUGUUGAGCUGGCAAAGUGAUACAAAGAAUUCCUUCAAAGCAAAGGUCAAGUCACUCAUAGAAAUUCUUGUAAAGAAAUGUGGUUUAGAUGCCGUGAAGGCUGUGAUGCCCGAAGAGCAUAUGAAAUUGCUCACCAAUAUCAGGAAGGUUAAUGAGCGAAAAAUGCGGAAGGUCAAAUCUUCUGAGGAUGGUGAUGCAAUGUCUAUGGCCUCAGGAGCUACAAGGCAAAGUAGAUGGAAUCAUACACAGAUGUUUUCGGAUUUUGGAAGUGAUGAUGAUGAAUCUGAUGGUCCCUUCUCUACCCAGCAUACCGUUACUUCUCGCGCUGGAUCAAAAGCUUCGACACGGUCGAGUCGGAGGCGCCAAGCAGAUAAGAGCUUAUUGGAGAAGUCCAUUGACCAAUCAACUGGUGAACCCUUAGAUUUACUUGACCAGAAAACAGUGCGGUUGGCCCUCAAAACAGGGAGAAAGAGGACAGCUCCCGAUGAUGACGAAGAUGACUUCGAGGUGGACCCUGAAGGCCGUAUAAUUGUGAGAGAAGAGCGGGAGAAGCGUAAAAAGAAGCCUGUCUCUCGUGACGAUGACGAUGCUGAUGGAAAGAGCUCUGUCAGAAGCCAGUCCGUUAAGAAGAGGAAGACAAGCUCUGGCUGGGCCUACACUGGCCACGAGUACACCAGCAAGAAGGCUGGUGGUGAUCUGAAGAAGAAAGACAAGAUGGAACCUUACGCGUACUGGCCGCUGGAUCGUAAGCUGCUGAACCGCAGGUCAGACCGCAAGGUGUCUGCGCGCAAGGGUAUGGCCAGUGUCAUGAAGGUCACCAAGAAGCUUGAAGGGAAGAGUGCUAGUGCUGCGCUCGCUGCUAAGCGGACUGGGAAGAUGAAGCACAAAAAGAACAAAUAAGAGGUGUCGAGGAGACGGGGCGAUGAAGCUUUGUGUUUAGCUGGCUGGUCGUGCCGGGGCAAAAUUUUGAUCUGUAUAGUGCCAUUUAGAAGCACAAGUGCUUGUACCGUAGCUUCAUUUUACGGGAAUAUGUUUUGAUUAGAAGCUCUACACUUUGGUUUGUAUUGAAACAGAUUGUUCUGCAUGUUUAAUGGCAAGUAAAUUCUUUAAAAUUUA